CCCAGCUUCGCGAUGCAGGUCGCCUGCUUGCCGUGCUUGCUUGCAUCCCGGCGCCCGGCGGGCUUUAAGAGCGGUCGCCUACGCCAGGGCAGCCCUGAUCCGCGCUUUCUGACUGCCAAUACUUCUUUUGGCUGUCUUUCUUUCCUUUUUCGCCAUUCUGAUCUCUUUCCGACACCUCAGGAGGGGCACCGACACACAUCACGCACGAAGUGUCGCGCUUGUCGCGGCCCAUCACCCUGGCCUGAGUAUUAGCAGAGAAUGAUAAGAUAGGAUGAGCGCUAGGCGCCCGAACGGGGUGUUCCUCGUCGGCAGCUUCAUCGGUGCCGACUUCGGUCUUGCGGAACGACAUAAGAGGCGUGUCGGGAGGCAACACAUCUUCUUGGCAUGGAAACUUCUUGUCGGGCUCUCCUGACAGGCGACGCCGCGAUCCAACGUGCCGCAUGAUAACUCAAGUGGGGCUUUCCCCGUCCUCAGGAACUUUAUCAACGCGAUGUCGGACCAAGGGUCCGCACUACCCUUCGAGGCGGCUGGUAUCAAGGCCACUUCGUCCACAUGGCUGACAUGCGCGUCAUCUCUUCUUCCAUGAACCACCGGCCCGUCGUCUCGGGUAACGCAAGGUGCGGUCGGUACCUGGCUCCAUCACUAUCGCAUUCCGCCUGGCCUGGUCCGCCUGAACUUCUGGACCUGAACCGCCGGGGCCACGGUCGCGGGCUGCAACCGGAGGGAGGCUACUGGGAGCGGAGGCCGGCGCACCGUCUACUGGUGAUAGGGCGAGGAGCGCUUCUGUGGGCAGGGCAGCGGCAGGCCCCGCGCCUCUAGCGGUAAAAUUUGUGGGCAUGGCGGCACGGGGCUCACGAUGCGGAACGGCGCGCGCGACACAUGCAGCCGGGGUGCAUGUAGUUGAGGCGGGCCUGGUAUCAUGCGGCGGGGGAAACUUUCGCACGGCGCCGCAAGCAACAACCUUAGGCAAUGCAGGCUGGAUGCGCUCGCGGGACAGGGUAGCGCCUUCGCAGGCACGCUGCGUGUGGGCGGGCAGACAGGUGUCAUGCGCUAACUCGAACAGGUUGGCUUGGGGCGAAGCGUCAUAGGCUUGGGUUCUGGUUGAGCCUCGGGUCAGCUCAUGCAAAUUGACGGCAAAUCGUGCAAUUUGCUUCUGCAGAUGAUCGAGGCAGCAGCCGUCGCAGCGGGCUGGGGGCCGUGGCGGGGCCGGCGCUCAUGCCGACGGUCUUCAUGGUGGCCGCCUGCAGUUGCCCCGUCGUAGCGGAGAGCCUCAAACUUAGAGCAACGCUCGAUAAAGGUGCCAUUGGUGGGCAGGCGCUCUUGCCAUGUGACACGGUCUUGGUCAUACUCACCAGGGGCCGUAUCCCGCAUGAGGCCAACACCGGCCUCCCUAACGUAGAUUGCGUUGGUUAUUGCAUCAUCCAAAUUAGCGGGCCGCAUGAGGUAAACCUGCUGGUAGACAUCGGGAUGUAGGCCACGAAGGAAGCUGUACAUGUAAGUGGGGUCGCAGGCCGGGUUGAUGUUAAGCUGGGCCACCAGACUGCGGUAGCGGUCGGCAUACCGGCGGACACUUUCAUUCCGACCCUGUCGACAGUUGGAUAGGCGAUUGAAUAAUUCUUCCAGGCCGGGCGCAAAGCGCUCAAGGAACAUGGCACGGAACUCGGGCCAAUCCCGCAUGUCACCAUCAAUGCCUGAUUCCCAGGUCUGCGCAUCGCCUGACAGGCGGCAGCGUGCGACAAGCAACUUGUCGACAUUGGACCAUUGGAAUACACGAGCGUGACGCUCAAUCUUAUCAAGCCAUUGGCGGGGAUCGUCCUGCCGGGGGUCGAAGAUAGGGAUAGAGUUGAGGCUAGACGGGGUGACACCGAAGUGCUCGUCGGCCAUGCUGACGGAAGCAGGGGUAGAGGUGAAAGUAGACGUGGCGCGAGAUUGCGGCUGCGGCUUAGAGUCUCACACGGCGUAGUUUGCCGGGUGGUGUUUGAGGUGGCUUAGAGAGAAACCAGGGAGCCGGAAGUAAUUAACCAGGAAGUAGAUGGAGAACGACGGGAAUUAUCAAUUAGAAGAUGGUUGGGCCCAGAUGGCCGGUUUUGUGAGAGGCACAGGCGUGUGCGUCACGGUGCGGGGCCGGAGCAAGAGACCUGCACAGUGAGUUUUAGGUUGAGAUAGAACCCAACCGGAGAGACGAUAGAGGUGGAGGAGAAAGAUACCAAGGGAGAAGAUAGAGGAGGAGUAGGGAGGCACCAACCGAAGGUUGGGGCAGGGCUUAGAUAGCCGUUUUUGUGAGAGGCACAGGCGUGUGCGUCACGGAGUGCGGGGCCGGAUGAUAGGUCUGCACAAGGAGCUGAGAACGAGACCGGGUUUCCCCGCGUCUCGAUACCACAAAACCCACCACACACACAAGGUGUACACACACAAAAAUUAAAACUUUUGGUGCGGUGUGUAUGGAGGGGCCAAGGACCUUAUAACCCGCCUGUCACGCGUGUGGGGACGGAGUGACAAGCCUGCGCAGCACUGCUUCCACUGCAACGGUCUCGUUCUGUGUUGGCUCCGGUGUUAUAAGACUGUAUUGAUGAGGCCAAGGUAGACCAGAGAGUUAUCGAGAUAAGGAGGAGAAAUCGAGACUAAUCGAGAUGCGGAAGCGUAGCGGAAUGUUACGGGGAAGGUACCA